UUGCAUCUCGAACUGGGUCACUCUCCCAUGGCCAUUUCCAGCUCACCCCAGCCCCAACUUACUGAUCUCCUCUCGCGCAGCGACCGCGUUCCCUCUCACUACAUUAGACCCAUAUCUGACCGUCCAAAUCUCCACGAUGUCCAUACAUUGGAUGUCUCUAUUCCUCUCAUAGACCUGGAAGGCCUUGACGGCCCUGACCGCCCCAUAAUUGUCCAGGAGAUUGGCCUAGCAUGCCAAACAGAUGGUUUCUUCCAGGUUAAGAACCAUGGGAUACCUCAACACGUCAUAGACGACAUGUCGCAUAUUGCCAAAGAGUUUUUUCAGCUUCCAGAAUCUGAGAAAUUAAAAAGCUAUUCUGACAAUCCGUUGAAAGCCACCCGGCUUUCAACUAGUUUCAAUAUUAAAAGAGAGAAGGUUUCGAAUUGGAGAGAUUAUUUGAGACUCCAUUGCUACCCUUUGGAGGAAUUCGUGGAUGAAUGGCCCACUAAUCCUCCAUCAUUCAGAAGCAUUGUCAGCUUGUACAGCACGAGGGCUAGAGGUUUGGCUUUAAGGCUAUUGGAAGCGAUUUCGGAGAGCCUUGGGUUAGAGAACGAUUACAUAGAGAAGGCAUUAGGCAAGCAGGCACAGCACAUGGCCAUUAAUUACUACCCACGGUGUCCACAGCCGGAGCUGACAUAUGGAUUACCGGGCCAUACGGACCCGAAUGCCCUGACAGUUCUACUCCAGGACCAGGUCUCGGGCUUGCAGGUGCUCAGAAACGGUAAGUGGGUUGCCGUCAAUCCCAUCCCUAACACGUUUGUUGUGAACAUUGGCGAUCAGAUACAGGUACUUAGUAAUGGGCAGUACAAGAGCGUCCUCCACAGAGCGGUGGUAAACAACAACGUUGAAAGGAUUUCAAUACCGACAUUCUACUGCCCAUCUCCGGAUGCCGUGAUCGGACCGGCACAUAAACUGAUCGACGGUCAACACCCGGCGAUCUACAGAAGAUUCACCUAUGAAGAAUACUACAAGAGGUUUUGGGAUCAUGGGCUCCAAACUGAGAGUUGCUUGGAGCUGUUUAGAGCUAGUAGUGGUUAAAUCUACGGCUUUCAUUUUUCGAACCCUGUGCAAGGUUGUAGACUGUGAGCGCGGAUUGGGUAUUGACCCCACCAGGACCUAGCUAGAGAUGGACGGUCUUGUAAGGUGAUCUGUGGGGCCACCAUGAUUUAUACAUUUUAUUCGCACCUUCCAUCCAUUUUGACAAAUCAUUUUAGGACGUAAGCCCAAAAGGAGGCAGAUUGAAGGCUCAAGUGGACCAUACUACAGGAAGCAAUGGGUGGGGAUUGAAUUCCCACCGUUGAAAACUUACCAGAGCCCACCAUGAUGUUUAUUUACCAUACAACCUGUUUUCUAAGGUCACGUGCACCUGUACGAAGGAAAAAACAUAAGUAUAAGCUUGAUCCAAAACUGAUGUGCCCCAAGAAGCUUUAAACGGUAAGCUUUCAAUCCCCUUUCCUAUGGUGUGGUCCACUUGAGCUUUCAAUUUAACUUUUAUUUGGUUCAUUCCCUAAAAUGACCUGUCAGAUCAGACGGACAGCGUGGGUAAAACAUAUCCAUCAUGGUGGUCUCAAAGAGCCCCAGACAUUACCUUCCGUCUCUAAGUUCUGGUGGGGUGUUACCCAGUCCCAACCGUAGGCUAUAGACUGCAGAAGCAUUUGAUUUCUUCUUUAUUAUUUGGUUUAUGUUUAUUAUUUGCUUUAUCUACUUAAUGAUUCCUGGCUUAUCUAUAGACUGAUUGGUGGUCAUGCGGUACAUGAACUCCGCUGGGUGCUGGAUGUAGGCUGUAGGCUGGAAAAGCAUGUGAUUUCUUCUUUAUUAUUUGUUGUAUGUGAACGUUUCCUAUCUUAUAAAUAGGAGCGAUUGGUUGCCAUGCGGUA